AUGCACGAAAGAGAAAAGGCGAAACCGAAGGAUGACGGCAACGAAUCUGCAGACUGCGCGCGGCUGCGGAUGGCACUGCGCUCAAAGGAACGGCAGCUGCGCUCUCUACAAACUGAGCUAACGGAGCUGAAGCAGCAACACAUGCAGGUGCAACAGCAAAGUGAGAAGCAGCAGCAAGAGCUGUUGAAGCUCGCGCAACGUCUUGAGGUUCUGCGCAAAUCAAAGGCUCACUUUGAGGCGAAGGCAGCACGCACAGCCCUCGCACUAGAUGCCGCCUAUGCGGAUCUGCGAACGGAGAGAGAGGAAAAGGCCUUUCUGCUUCGGCUUGUUUAUCCCCAUCAUAUUGAGGAUAACAUGAAGGCAACAAACAAAACGCAUGCGCAGUCGCCCAGAGAAGAACCACUUCUGGAGGAACCCCUCAAGAAUUUUUCAGAGAUAGAUCCAAAGGAAGACGCCACGGAACAGGUGACGGAUCAGCUCUGCUCGACUCAAGCAAUUGAAGGCACUAAGACGGAAAGCGAUGAAUUGUGUUCAAUUGACGAAUGCAAGUCUACUACUCCUCCUUGCAUAUUUGUCUGCCUAUCCGUUGAUGCUGGCUGUUGA